CCUUCAGCCUUUUUUAUUUUUUUCUAGUUCUCAUAGAUUUUGCCCUAAUUUAAUCUUUUCAAAACCUUACUCUGUUACGGUCAGCUAUUCCUCUUUAGCCCUAAAUUCGUAUAUUUAUUUGGAUUAAGAACUUAUAUUAUUUAUGGAAAUUCAUUCAUCAGAUUGAAAAGAGAAGAAAAAAUGGAAGAAGAGAGAGGAGGAGGAGAAGUGAAAUCAUUUAAAGAAUUGGGAGUAAUUGAAGAAUUAGUUGAAGCCUGUGAUAGUUUAGGCUGGAAAAAUCCUUCCAAAAUCCAAGCUGAUGCUAUUCCUCAUGCCCUCCAAGGUAAGGAUUUGAUUGGGUUAGCACAGACUGGUUCUGGGAAAACCGGUGCAUUUGCUCUGCCAAUACUUCAGUCAUUAUGGGAAGCUCAACUUCAAGAUCGAGCUGCUCCUGCCUUCUUUGCUUUAGUUCUGUCUCCAACUAGGGAACUUGCUAUUCAGAUAUCUGAGCAGUUUGAGGCUUUAGGUUCUCGCAUUCGUGUGAAGUCUGCUGUGCUUGUUGGAGGGGUAGAUAUGGUACAGCAGAGUAUUCUGCUAGGCAAACGACCACAUAUCAUUGUUGCAACUCCUGGACGUCUUGUGGAUCAUUUGUCCAAUACCAAAGGAUUUUCUCUUCGUUCUAUUAAGUACUUGGUCCUAGACGAGGCUGAUCGGUUGUUAAAUGAGGAUUUUGAGAAAUCACUUGAUGAUAUUCUUAAUGCCAUUCCUCGUGAACGGCGAACAUACUUGUUUUCUGCUACCAUGACUAAAAAGGUGCAAAAGCUGCAGAGAGCAUGCUUAAGAAAUCCUGUCAAGAUUGAAUCAGCGUCCAAAUAUUCUACAGUUGACACCUUGAAGCAGCAAUUUCGUUUUGUACCGGCUAAGCAUAAGGACUGCUAUCUUGUGUAUAUCAUGAAUGAAAAGUCUGGAAGUACGUCAAUGGUUUUCACGCGCACGUGUGAAGCCACCCGUCUUUUAGCUUUGAUGCUUCGGAAUCUUGGGUACCGGGCUAUUCCUAUAUCUGGACAGAUGUCCCAGGAUAAAAGACUGGGUGCCUUGACUAGAUUUAAGUCCGGAGAAUGUAAUAUUCUUAUAUGUACCGAUGUUGCUAGCAGAGGCCUUGAUAUUCCGUCAGUUGAUGUGGUCAUUAACUAUGAUAUCCCCACGAACUCAAAGGAUUAUAUCCACCGAGUAGGAAGAACUGCUCGUGCGGGGAGAUCCGGGGUUGCUAUAUCAUUGGUGAAUCAAUACGAGCUGGAGUGGUAUAUCCAGAUUGAGAAACUUAUCGGAAAAAAGUUGCCAGAAUUUCCAGCCCAAGAAGAGGAAGUUUUGCUAUUCUUGGAACGAGUCUCAGAAGCCAAACGCUUAUCAGUCAUGAAAAUGAAGGAAACGGGAGGCCAUAAAAGAAAAAGAGGGGGUGAUGGAGAGGAAGAGGUCGAAAAGUUUCACGGGAAGAACAAGAAGUUGUCAAAUAACAAGUCAAGUCGACGACGAUAAGUGAAGAUCAUGCAUCAGAAUUUUGGUUUUAUCUUUUGCCUUUCCCUUUUCUUUAGUUCAGUUGGCUGUGUAAAUUUAAAAAGUUUAUGAAUUCCUGCAACUGAUUUAGGAUCUUAACAACUGUUAAGCCCGUUCCAUUUUAUUCUGAAUAUUUUUAUAA